UCAAGUACUGCAGGAGAGCCUCCACCAUGGAGUCACGGAGACAGAGCUCCCAAACCCAGCCGGCUGCCCCACCUCUGCCGACAUCCUACCGCUGGCACACAGGAGGUGGAGGAGAGAAGGGGACUGGUGGGUUCCGCUGGGGCCGCUUCGUUGGUUGGGGAAGAGCACUGAGCCACCAGGAGCCCAUGAUUAGCAGCCAGCCAGCCCCCCGCUUGCUGUUCCGUCGGGUCCUCUCUGCACCCCCCAAGGAGUCACGGACCAGUCGCCUCAGGCUAUCCAAGACCCUCUGGGGAAGACAUAAGAACCCACCGCAGGAGCCAGAGCUGGAGCCAGAAGCCCCAGAGCCAGAGCCGGAGCCUCACGUCCCACAGAUUCCCGAGGCCCCCACCCCUGAUGUGCCUGUCUGGGAUAUUGGGGGCUUCACCCUGCUUGAUGGAAGGCUGGUGCUGCUCGGGGGCGAGGAGGAAGGUCCUCGCCGGCCAAGGGUGGGAAGUGCCAGCUCAGAAGGCAGCAUGCAAGUGGCCAUGGGGAACCUCAGGGAUGCAGAUCGGACCCUUGGAAAGGCAGAGCCAGAGGCUGCUGGCUCCAACCAGGUCCACAAUGUUCGGGGGUUGCUCAAGAGGCUGAAAGAGAAGAAAAAGGCCAGGUCUGAGCUGGGAGCCAAUACCUCCAGGGAUGGAUCCCCCAGUACUAUGGGCUCUAAAGAAUCACUGGCCACACUCUCUGAGCUGGACCUGGGUGCCGAACGGGAGGUGCGGGUCUGGCCACUGCACCCCAGCCUCCUGGGAGAGCCCUACUGUUUCCAGGUAACGUGGAUGGGCGGUAGCCGCUGCUUCUCCUGUCGCUCGGGCGCUGAGAGAGAUCGCUGGAUUGAGGAUCUUCGUCGCCACUUCCAGCCCAGUCAGGACAACGUGGAGCGGGAAGAGACGUGGCUGAGCGUGUGGGUGCAUGAGGCGAAGGGGCUGCCCCGAGCGGCUGGGACGUCGGGCGUGCGAGCGGAAUUGUGGCUAGAUGGCGCGCUGCUGGCGCGCACCGCACCGCGGGCUGGCCCAGGCCAGCUCUUCUGGGCCGAGCGCUUCCACUUCGAGGCGCUGCCACCGGCCCGUCGCCUGUCACUGAGGCUUCGCGGCGGAGGCUCAGCGGGAGCAGAUUUGGGCCGUGUGACGCUGAAUCUGGAGGAGCUGAGCGCUCCCCGCGCGCCGGCGGCAGGACUGGAGCGCUGGUUCCCGCUGCUGGGGCAGCCAGCGGGUGCGGCCCUGCGGGCGCGAAUCCGGGCCAGACGCCUCCGGGUGCUGCCGUCGGAGCGCUACAAGGAGCUGGCGGAGUUUCUCACCUUCCACUACGCGCGCCUCUGCGGAGCGCUCGAGCCCGCGCUGCCUGCGCAGGCCAAGGAGGAGCUGGCAGCCGCCAUGGUGCGCGUGCUGCAGGCCACCGGCCGGGCGCAGGCGUUGGUAACAGACCUGGGCACAGCCGAGCUGGCACGCUGUGGAGGCCGUGAGGCGCUGCUGUUCCGAGAAAACACAUUAGCCACCAAGGCCAUUGAUGAGUACAUGAAGCUAGUGGCCCAGGAUUACCUCCAGAAGACCCUAGGGGAGGUUGUUCAGCAUCUCUGUGCCUCCACUGAGGACUGUGAGGUGGACCCCAGCAAGUGCCCAGCAUCAGAGCUGCCCCAGCACCAGUCCAGACUUCGAAGCAGCUGUGAGGAGGUCUUUGAAACCAUCAUUCACUCCUAUGACUGGUUCCCGUCAGAGCUGGGCACUGUCUUCUCAAGCUGGAGAGAAGCAUGUAAAGCACGUGGCUCCGAGGCACUGGGCCCCCGACUAGUGUGUGCCUCCCUCUUCCUGAGGCUUCUAUGCCCUGCUCUCCUGGCACCCAGCCUCUUUGGCCUGGCACCAGAGCACCCAGCACCUGGUCCAGCUCGCACCCUCACAUUGAUCGCCAAAGUUAUCCAGAACCUCGCCAACCAUGCCCCGUUUGGUGAGAAGGAAGCCUACAUGGGCUUCAUGAAUAGCUUCCUGGAAGAUCAUGGGCCAGCUAUGCAACACUUCUUGGACCAGGUGGCCAUGGUGGAUGUGAAUGCUGCACCCAGUGGCUACCAAGGCAGUAGCGACCUGGCUCUCCAGUUGGCAGUCCUGCAUGCCCAGCUCUGUACCAUCUUUGCUGAACUUGACCAGACAACCCGUGACAGCUUGGAACCACUGCCCACCAUCCUGAGGGCCAUCGAGGAGGGCCAGCCCGUCCCUGUAUCUGUGCCAAUGCGUCUUCCAUCACCCCAGGUCCAUUCCAGUUUCUCCGCAGGGGAGAAGCCCGGCUUCUUGGCCCCCCGGGACCUCCCCAAGCACACCCCUCUCAUCUCCAAGAGCCAGUCUCUGCGCAGCUUUCAAGGUGCAGGGAGUUGGGCCCGGCCGCCACCCGAUGAGGAGCGCCCCCCGCGGCGCCCCCGGCAAGUGCAGCGCACCCAGAGCGUCCCCGCCGGGCGCCCUGCCCGCCGCCGACCAUCUGCCGGGCCCCGGCCGCGACCCAAAGGCUCCCUGCACGCCGGCCCCGCGCCCCGCGGCCGACCCUGGACCGGGGCCUCUGCCUCACUGCCUCGGAAGCCAUCGGUGCCCUGGCAGCGCCAGCUGGACCAGCCGCGGGACCGAGACCAGGCUCUGGGCUCGCACCGCCCGGUGGGCAAGUUGGCAGAGCUACAGUGCGAAGUGGCCGCGCUUCGCGAGGAGCAGAAAGCAUUGUCCCGCCUCGUGGAAUCACUAAGUACCCACAUCCGAGCUUUGACGGAGCAGCAGGAGCAGCUGCGGUGUCAGCUGCAGGACCUAGACUCUAGGCUCAGUCCUAGGGCAUUGCAGUCGAAUCCAGAGGGUGGUCUUUCAAGUAGUGAGGGUCACAGGCUGAAAAAUAUGGAGCGCCGCCUGACUGACAUGGAGCAUACUCAGGCCCAGCUGAAGGAUGCUGUUCAGAAUCUACAAUUUCUUCCAAAGAUACCAGAGUCACGGAGUCAGCCCCUGCCUCUCAAAGCACCUUGCGUCAAUGGAGAUACCACCUGAGCUGCCCAUUCUCUUUCCCAUGUGGUCUGGGAGCGGAGAGCCGACUUAGGAGGGUAUCUGACCCUGCCUUUAGCCCUAUGUGACCUACAGUGAGGAGUGGCACUGUAGGUGCCAACCAACCACUCUGGCACUAUGAGGUUGCCCAGUAAAAUCUUGAUUUCAGUAAAAUCAGUGGUUUGUUUGUCCCUAAGGUUUGCUAAUCACGGAGUAGCCCCUCACCCCCCAUUCAAUUCUCCCAAAUUCUCUCCGAAUUUGAGGUCUCAUGGAAGGGAAAUGUAAGCAGAUUCUCACCAGCUUUGUGACCUUAGGCCAUCACUCUAGAAGCCUUUAUUUCAUUAUCUAUAAAAUGGAUCUGAAAUUCUCCUACACUGUGGCAGACCCCUAAAAGUAUUCAAAAAAAGGUAUUCAUCAUUGGUAUAGGCAGUACCUGUUUCUCAAGGAAGCAUGGGUCCUACAACCCAUUUAUCCCAUACCACCCUCACCUAAUCCUCAGACUCCAGAUAAGAGAAUUUUCCUAAACUCCAAAUCCCAAACCAGCUCCCUCAUGGCAUGGAGAGCGUAGUCUGAGAGGCAGAUGAAGGAAGGGUAAGAAAAUGUGAAGUUCUGUGGGUGAAUGGUGAGUAAAUUAGUAGGCCUUUAAAUCAUGGGUGAGGGGUAGGGUGGAACAUUAGGCAGGUGAAUAGGUUAGUAUUUGUUGGAUGUUUGACCUAUAGAUGACUAGUUAGGUAGGCAGGUAACCAGGAUGGAUAUGUCUACUUAGAAAA